UCCGUAACUUGACUGCCGGGACGGAGGAGAUCUGCAGGACUUUAACAAAGUUUCCCCGCUGUUGAGUUGGCAGAUUGACUGUAAAGAUGUUUCCCGGAGCGCUCACCGUGUUAUUAGCUUUAUUCAGCUUCACUGAGAGCAAACAGAAAGACUUUUAUUCUUUUAAAGUAGUGAACAGCAGGGGGAAGUUAGUGUCCCUGGAAAAGUACCGGGGUUCGGUGUCCCUGGUGGUGAAUGUAGCCAGUGAAUGUGGCUUCACUGAUGAACACUACAAAGACCUGCAGCAGCUCCAGCGGGACUUCGGGCCGUAUCACUUCAAUGUGCUGGCCUUCCCCUGCAACCAGUUUGGGCAGCAGGAGCCCGGCAGCGACAAGGAGAUUGACAGCUUUGUGCGCAGAGUAUACCAAGUCUCCUUCCCUCUGUUCAGUAAAAUCGCUGUUGUCGGAACUGGAACCAACAAUGUCUACAAGUACCUUGUUGAGUCUUCAGGAAAGGAGCCUGAUUGGAAUUUCUGGAAGUAUCUAAUUGAUGUAAAUGGCAAAGUGGUGGACGCAUGGGGACCAAAAGUUUCUGUCAAAGAAAUCCGACCCAAAAUAGCUGAAAUGGUGCGGCAGAUAAUCCUAAAGAAGAAAGAAGAGCUUUAACCCUCCUAAGACUCUUUACUACGCAGUUUUCUGUAGUAUAUUUACAUUUAUUGGUACCUGAACCAAAGAGAUAAACUGAAUACGUGUGUUUUGCUCGUGCAACUGACCAUGUAAGAAAAAAUCAUUCAAUUCAAGUCAGAUAAUGAAAGCUGUGUUGUACAUGCUAACUGAAGGCACUGAUGAAACAGUUAAAUUUCAGAUUUUAUAUCAGGUGUAAGCCAUUUGAAAAGUCAUGCUGAUUAUGUGUUUGGUUUUUUAUUCUUUUUGAUUUGUGGAAUAAACCAUUACUGUAAUGAGAGCAA